UUGUUGUUGGUGUGAGAGUUCUCCUUUUUGUUUCGAUUAUUUAUUUUGUAUGCUAACAAAUUCCUUACAAUAAUAAUAACAACAGCAAUAAAAGUAGUAUCAUCAACUAAAGCAACAAUAACAACAAAAGCGAGUGAUUGCAAUAAAUCCGCUAUCAGCUUACUUCGUUAAGGUUGACAAUCGGCACCAAACCAAAAACGAGCACAGAAAGAGUGCGUGGGAGGGGGAGUAGGAGAAGAAGGUGUAGCGGCCGUUGUUGGUGGCAAAAUUAGUGAGAGUACUGCAAGUGCUUUGUUUUGCAUUGUCAAAUAGGCUGGCAGUCUGUAAUUUCGUCAUUUCAUCAGCGAGUCGAGUCAGUCAUAUCGUCGGUAUGCAGCGAGUAUGUCAGUGAGCCACCCAACGAGGUGGGCACGCAGCUAGCCAGUCAGACAGACAGCAAGACGACGCCAGUAAAUCAACCAACCAGCUACAAAGUAGCGCGGCCAGUUGGCCCCACAGUCACUCAGUAACUUCAGUUAAGUUAGAGGGACCAGCCGCAAUCGUGAAACGCAAUCGAAGUAAUCGAGUCAAGUUAUUACAAAGCGGAGAAUUCUGCAGUAGAAAAGAAAGGAAUUAAAUAAGUGCGAGUGAGGGCGUUCUAAGAGUUCUACAAACAUACGCGUGUAGAUAAGUGAAAGUUUGCGGUGUGCCGUGUAAAAUUAAUCAGGUGGAAGAAAUUAGUUCAACCGUUUAAUAUUAAUUUAUAAACGCAAAUUUGAAAUUUAGCGCAACGUCCCCCUAAACGAGUUUGAUAGGAAGUAAGUGCAUCAGAAAUUCAAUUUGUUUAUUGCAAAUCAGUGUCGAACGACCUGUGCAAAGUGGAAGAAGGCUGCGCGCCAGUGUUGUCCUCGUAAGCGUGUCGUUCGCGCCUUUUCGUGUGUACUUGCGUGCCUUCUUGUGUCCUUCCUCAACGUGCGUCUACUGAACUCGUCCCAUUUUCGCAUGUAAUGGGACUUUCGUGUCCAUUCCACAUCCAAUCCAUUAUCUCUCCCGUCCAUUUGUUUAUCGUGUGUGGGUCUUGUGCUCGUUUCAAUGUUUACCUGCCAUCAAGACCGCUUUAAUAGCGGCAUAAUUUUGCAUCGACUUUUUGUGCUGAUUUCAACAUUUUGCAGUCGCAUCAUCAUGGCUCUCCGGCGUAUUGAUUCACUUAAACGGUUUAUAGAUCGUAUGCAAAAUUGGGCGAAUCCACAGCCCAGCCCCAGCAAUGACAACAACAAUAGCAGCAACAACAAUAAUAGCGUGAGUAGCGGUCAAAAUAGCAAUAUCAGUGGUAACAGCACAACCAGACCGCCUGAGGGUGAAGAGCAAGAAGUUGCAGCAGUAACAGUUACACCAGCAACAGUACAGUUAUAUCAUAACGACAGCAAUACACAUAGUUGCAGUAAUAAUAGCAGCAACAUAGCAAGCAAUGAAGAGCACUUGGUCGAGGUGCUGGUGGUGCCGGCGAAUGACACAAAAACUAUUGCAACAAAAACAGCCUUAAAAGAAAGCACAGUAGUGGAGGUGGCAACAAAAAACAGCACCAAUGCAGCUGACGUUGAAGCAGCCUUCGAAAGUCUGAAUGGUGAUAGAAACGUGGCAAAUGAGACUGCCACAAUGGCGGGGAGAGGAAAUGCCAUAGCACCCAUUGCGCGCGAAGAAGAAGACACUGUGGAGGUGUGGUCGUCGGAGGGUGAGGAUGGUACUGAUGUGGAAAUGGCUGAAAGCCAACCAGAUUACUGCUGCUGUUUAGUGAAUAACACCGAAGAGAGUAGCCAAGUCGAUGCGAAUUCCAAAGUUAAUCCAGUUGCAACAAUCACAGGCACUUCAACGCUAGCAGUGACGGUCACGCUCGCAUCGACGACGACGACGGCGACGUCACUGAUGACAGAAAAAUCAGUACAGCGUAGCAAAUCGCGUGUGCGUACAUAUUUGAAAAAGUGCAGGGAUCGGUUGACGGGUCAACAUCAACAGGUAAUCUCAAGCGAAAAUGCCACUACAACAGCAGGCUGCUCAACGUAUUUAGAAGAUGAAAAAUCUAAAGUAUUGACUGUCACUGAGGUGUUGAAAGUUGCACCCAACCGAAAUGCCAGUGAACUUAGCGGCGAGGAGGAGGCGUGCACUUGUAUAUUAAUUGCAACAACAGAGCAGCAGCAGAACGAAGCGGUAGAGGGCACGCUAUUAACCCUCACUGAAGAAGCAGAGGAGGAGGAGGAGGCAAGUGAAGAAGAGGGAACAGCAGCAGAAGCAGCAGCAGAAGUGAAUUCAGCAAGCGAACUAACUGAGCUGGUUUACGAGGAUAUUGACUUUAGCCUGUCGUCGGUGUUGAUGGACAGCAGCAGUUCGAAUGUCAGUGAUGACCAACACCAAUCGACACCGUUGACCUCUGCGCAUAACCGAGACGCCCUAACGUUAGCUGCUGACGUUGAUGACUCUGGUGAUUUACCUGUCGAAUGUAAAACAAGCGAACAGCAACAGCAACAACAAAAGCCACAAACUGCAGGCUUACGGCAAACACAAAGCCAGAAAAGCAAGAAAAACUUAGUUGCUAGAGAUGAAGAAGAAGGAGAACGGCAGCAGCAACAAAAUCAACAACAAAAACAACCGCUCAUGUGCAGCUACAACAGCUGUCCGCCACUUGUCAAGGAGGAACAAUUGGCGCAUGCCGUACGAAUGGACUCGAGCACCGCUGCACUGAUUGAUAAACACCUCGCCGCCAUUUAUCCUGUCUAUGCGGCAUGCACACGUGAAAUUUUAAUUCGUCAGGCACGUGAUUUACUCGUGAGUUCCUACUCUGCUUGCCUGGAGUCGUUCGAAAUAAAAUUCUUAUGCAAAUUUGCUGAAAUUGCUGCAGAGCUGCGCCAACGGCAUGCCAUCGGUGUGGUAAGUAAUGCAAUAUUGGUCUGUGUUGUUGUAUGUACUUAUAAUGUAAAAGUUCUUAUGGGCAAUACUUAGGUUAAAUAAUUUAAU